AUGGCGACGUUAGAUCCAUCAUGUGACGUUUGCCUGAACCUGCAUGUUACAAAAUCUGCCAUUGUUUGGUGUUCCGAAUGUGAAGAGGCAAUAUGCGAAGAAUGCCAACAAAGACAUCGCAUACAGAAAGCGACCAAAAACCACAAGACAAUACCAAUAGAAGAUUAUCAAGAAUUACCGAUAUAUAUAGCCAACAUCAAACUGGAAUGCGAAGAUCACAAUCAAAAGUUGAAUUUCUUCUGUUCCAUCCACAGUGAACCUUGCUGUACGCGUUGUGUCUUUGAAAAACACAAAGACUGCCGGGAACUUAAACCACUACCGGAAGUAGUAGAGGGAGUAAAGUCGUCAGCUGCGUUUUCUGAUUUAGAAGACAGAGUGAAAGAUAUGAGUCAAGUCAUUGGUCAGUUGAUUGAAGAAAAACUAUACCAUCAAUCCAAUUUAGAAGUUCAGAGCCAUACAAUCAUUGCUGAGGUUGAACGUGUCCGUAAAGCAAUAAACAAUCAUUUAAACUCAAUCCAAAAUGAUUUGUUGUAUAAAAUAGAAACCACAAAAGGACAACAAAGUGAAAAUAUCGAUUUACUGGUUAGAAAACUCUCACAAAUGAAAACAAACAUUGCUGAAAUAGCGAGGGGUUUGGAAAAGACAAAACAGCAUGCAUCCGAUUACCAGACCUUUCUUGGUGUUCGUAAAUGGAUUCCGGAGAUUGAAAACCAAGAGCAGGAUGUUAUAUCCAUAGAAAGUGACCACGGGAGGGCUGAUGUUGAUCUUCAACUGAAAAUGAAUAAAAUUUCAGAUCAGAUGGAAACACAAUUAUCCGAGUUUGGUAGAUUAGAGAUAUAUUUUUCACCACCGACGAAAUUUGCUUUACGAAAAGAGAGACAAGGUCAAAUUCUUAUAAUACCUUCUUCUCGGUGUUUAAGUAAAUUAAAACUUUCAAAAAUCCGUUCGUUUGAUAUACAAAAAGUGGAGUCUAAACGCGACGAAAAUAAUUUUAUAACAGGUUGUGAAAUGUUUGAAGACAACCGAAUAGUGCUUAUCGAUAAACGAAAUAAUAGACUGGUUAUACAUGAUGAAGGUGUUUACAUAAAGCAAAUACGAUUUGAAGAUACGCCGUUAGAUGUUACAAUAAUAGACUUAAACACAGUAGCUGUAACUUUCGUCGAGAAGAAAACAAUUUCUUUGGUAGAUGUUAUCUCAUUCAAGAUACUGAAGACAAUACCUUUAGUAAAUAAAUGUUUCGGCAUAUGUUCAUUUUCUGGAAAACUAGCCGUUUCAUUGAAUGAUAAAAUUAUUAAAAUUUUGGAUCAUUCAGGUACUGACGAGUCGAUAGUUUCUAAACAAGACAAUGCCACAUACUGUUCAGUUAUGAGUGACAAGAUGUGUUAUGCAGCACAAGCGAAGGGUGUGAUAUACUGUUGUGAUUUAAAUGGAAGUGUUCAAUGGACAUUCAGUUGUGGUAAAUCAGACCAUCCACAAGGUAUAGCGCAGGAUGCGUUCGGAAAUGUUUUCGUGACAUGCGAAAAAGCUAACAUGGUUAUUAUUAUUAAUUGUAAUGGGACGGAGUCCAGAGUUUUGCUGACCAGUGAUGAUGGAUUAACUAAACCAAUAGCAGUCCACUACAACCGUAAAACAGACAUACUUCUUGUCUGUAAUAAAUCUGGACGAUGUUUCAUGUACAAAGUACAGACCACAAACUAA